AUGCGUCUCGAAGCGCUUCUUACGCUUUCGGGUUUCUCCACCUCGGACUCUGAAGCCAAAGCUACGUGGACCGCCGGCUCUGGUGCCAUCUUCCUACCCAACAUACUAGGAGACACGGACAAGCGUUGCUCCAAGGCUCUGCUCCAAGGCCCUGCCGUGGCCAACGACAAGCUCGACCGCUGUCACGAUGCUUCUGAUAGUAACAAACUGCGCUCUGAGCAGUUCCUCGCUCCGCUCCGUACAGUCUCCAUGCCUGGCCUUCCCGACGGUGCUUCCGGCCGUGUCUAUGUAAAGGACCAAGUGCAGCGCAGCAAAGUCCGCAUCUUCCAACAGGCGAUCUGUAACAGCACUUGGACGUACGUUGACGGCAACUCUACCUUUAGCGCAACCGCACUCCGCAAGGGCCUUGUCCUUGGUAUUCAUGGCCGCGACAUCCGUCGUCCCAAUGGUUGGGAUGGCCGAGUCUUGGUAACUUUCGACGUCAAAAGUUCCAAUGGCACAUCGUCAGACCUUUACCUCUUCUCUGGGAGCGAUGACAUCUGGGCUCAGGACUUCAUGGAACCGGGAUUCGCUUCAAUGCCUGGUCCUGACGGGCCCAUUAGCUUGCGCAUCAUAGUCCGAAGUCCGCAGGACGACCGUGUUGCCGGCCGACAGCUGUUCGAGUACUACCGCGACACUGGCAUCGGCGCCGUCCAACAGCUUGGCGGCUCACGUGACGAAAUCAAUUCUGGAGGUAAUAUCGAGACCAUUCCUCCGGACGAAUUCAACGGUACUUUCUGGCCUGCUGGACGCUUGAUCCUCAGUAACCAUGGCAAGCAAAGCCACGCCAUGCUACCCUUUUUCCCGGCCCAAGAAACCCAGGAUCCUCUUCUUCUCGAUGCCGACUGGCUACUCGUCGGUCAUGUCGACGAGUUCAUCCAAUUCGUGCCCUUUGAUUCGGAGCGCGGUUGGCUUGUCAUGGCCAAUGAUCCCAUGGCUGGUGUCAAGAUGCUCCAGCAGAUCAAAGCUAGCGGUCAGGGCUCACAACGCCUCUUACCUCGCAACAACGACACGGUUUUAUCGAAUCCCUGCAACGACACUGGCUGCCAGCCUAUCCCUGUGGAGUCUACCACCAUCAACCAAGUACUCGCCAACAAGGAUCUCAUCUCCGUGCAGGAGCAAUGCGCCAAGCGCAUUGAGGCUAACUUGCAAAUCCUCAAGCAAGCAACCGGCGUCACCGAGGACGAAAUUAUUCGCAUUCCGGCCCUCUUUAAGCGCCCUAGCUUUAGCUUCUCUAACGAUGUCUCUAUGCCCAACUUUGCCUUUUCUAAUCAUAGCUCUGUCACUAAUGGAACCGACUUUAACGAUGGCUCUUUCGCCAACCUGACCGACACCAACGAUGGCUCUUUCACCAACGGGACUGAUGUGCUCAAAGAUACACAGUAA